CCGCAAAAUGAAAACUAUUUUAGUAUUAUUUGCCAUUUUGGUGGCAACGCAAGCUACAGUGUUACCUGCAAAGGACGUUUCCCUCCGAAAUUCAGUCGAAGAUGAAACACGAGUUUCUGUCUCUUGUUUAGUUGAUCUCGGUAAAUCCAUUAAAGAACACGGUUUAAACGAAUUUGGUCCAACUUAUGAACUCGGCAAAGAUCUUCUCACAACUUCCGUUGAUCUCAUCAAAAAUGUCGUCAAGUGUCGUCGAAUGUGGCACGAAGACAUGUCAAAAUGGGAAGAAAUUCAAUGGAAGGCAUGUGGAGCUUCUGUAGGAGCAAAGGCUUUGUAUCAAGUCGCAAGACUGAAGCCCAAAGUAGAAAAGGCCGUUCAAGAAGAUUUCUGGGUGCAAAGUUUGUUGCAAUUAAAAACUUGUUUGACGAGUCACAUCGAGAAAGCAAAACAAAUGAAUUAUAAGGAACUCAUGCAAAUCAUCGACGAUGAACUUUUAGAGUAAUAAACGGUAAUAAAUUAAUUUUGUAUCAAAAUCAACGCAAUUUGUUUUGAAUUUAAACUUGAAAUCUUAUCGUUUAUCGAUAAUAAUUGGGAU